UAUAGAAUAACACCCAUUCAACACCCAACGGACGGAGCCGCCUUUGAGAGGCAACCGUUGUCCCGAAUUGCUUUGACGCCGCCUUUAAUACUCCAGCUCGACACAUGGGACAAAGAUAAUCGAUUAAUCAUCCCGUCUGACGCGCUAGCGUCGAUGGUCUGUACGAUCACCUUGCAGGCGGUCGAUGGGGAAGACCGAUCGCUGGUUCGCGUGCCCGACACCGACCUCGUCGUUUCUAUGCUUGUGGGCUCGACUAUAUCAACCCCAUACGAAAUGGAGUCGCAAACAGGCCAUCCUGGUGUCUAUUUUGUCUUCCCAGACAUUGGAGUGGCAUACCCUGGGACGUUUCGCCUAAAAUGUGUACUGAUGCCGUUAAAUGGGUAA